CGGGGAGCGCGCUUUCCAGCGGCGGCGCAGAUGGCGGCUCCGGGCGCAGGGCAGGGGCCGGGGGCGUCACCGGGGCUGGAGGCGGCCCUGCAGAAGCUCGCGCUGCGGCGGAAGAAGGUGCUGAGCGCCGAGGAGAUGGAGCUGUACGAGCUGGCGCAGGCGGCGGGCGGCGCCAUGGACCCCGAUGUGUUCAAGAUCCUGCUGGGCCUGCUGAAGCUGAACGUGGCGCCCCUCGCCGUCUUCCAGAUGCUCAAGUCCAUGUGUGCCGGGCAGAGGCUGCCGAGCGAGUGCCAGGCCCCCGCGGCCGUGUCACUGCCCACAUUGAGCGCGCCUGAGACGAGAGGGAACGAGACCUCUUUGGUCUUUGGGGGCUCGGCCCUGCACCUCCCGCCCUGGGGUUACACCCUGCUGCUCCUGCUCAGCUCCAUCGUGUUUCUGCUCAGUCUCCUCGUCCUGUGGGCCCACCAGCAACAGCGCCGGCAGGACAUUUCAGGUUCCCAUGGUGCCCCUGACUCCAGCCCUGAGCAUCCUCCUCAACGUCUUCCUCAUGCUGCAUCUGAGCUAUCUGAACUGGCUGCGCUCCUCCGUCUGGCUGCUGAUUGGACUUGUGGUGUAUUUUGGCUAUGGCAUCUGGCACAGCAAGGAGAACCAGCAGGAGCUGCCGGGGUUGACUGCCACACGUGGCAGCCUAGAGGAGACGGUGCAGGCCCUGCAGCCCCUCAGCCAGGCCCCUGCCCAUGAGCCUGGCCACAUGGAGCAGCCUGUCAGUCUAUGAGGACCGCUGGGGGCCUGCCUGCCCUCCCCUACCUCCUCAGGAGGCUGGGGGUGGGUGGCAGCCCCUUCUAUCUGGGGCAGCUCGGGUUUGCAGGCCUGUCCAUGCCAAAGGGUCCUCAGGACCUCAGACCUUAGCCCAGAUGCUGAAUUUCGAGUCUUUGGGAGUGGGCCACAGCCACUUCUGGUGGUGGACUCUGCCCAGCACCUUCCAGUUUAUGACCAACUCCAGCUACCUGAGCAGGUGGAGUAGGGUGGGCAGGGAAGAGGCCUGCAGCCCUAGGCACCCAAAGUAAUAACUGCUCAGCCACCCACAUGGCCUACUGCUGUGUCCACUGUGGCAUCUUUUGUGGCACUGAGUCCUCACCUGACUCCGGGAACCAGGUGAUUGUUCCCAAUCCACUGCAAAUGUACCGAGGUUCUAUAAGGGGGAAGCACCAGUACAGGGAGAGCUCAGAGUCAGGGACAUGGCCAGGCCUGGGACCCAGGGUCCUGCCCUCAAGGCAGUGCCACUGGCCAAGCUCAGAGGGGACCUAACACACACCAGACACAGAUGGGUCCAUGACAGGGAAGGGGCAGGCUCCCCACAUGUCCCCUUGGGAGUGGAUCCAGAGAGCAGAGCCUAGAGCCCAAGAAGGCUGCCUAGAAAGGGCAGGGGAGUUCUGGGGUUCCAUGAGUUUCCCAGGGCUUCUAGACUGUAGGGCGUGUGCCUCAGGCCCCGGGAUGUAGAGUCCCACCUGCCCAGGUACAUGCAUACUCUGGCACAGGCCCACAUGGCCCACACGACUCCCCUGGGGGGGAAAACCCCCAUGCAGACUAAGGCAACAGCUAUUUUCAAGCUCAGGGCCUGCAGCUCCAGCUGCCUCUCUCCCUGCCACCCCGUCAGAGCUUUGUGAUAACAGCUCGGGGUGGGACACACACGUGCAGGUGGGUGCACGAGCGCCUGGGCCCCACCUAGUGGCUGUGGAGCCUGAUCCUGGGGGGGUCCCCAGGCCCACCCUGCACCCUCACUGGUCUCUCCAAGGCCAUGCCACGUCUACCGUAGACGCCUCCGACUCCCUGUUCCUGCCUGUGAGGACCACACAGGAAGCUGCUGGCUCUGGCAGCUUUACUCCUCGACUCUCUGCAGCCUUGACAUCAGCUUUCUCUGGGCCCCGAGGACAAUGAGGCACACGUGAUCUCGCUCCAAUAAUCAGGCCUCAGAGCCAUGAACUCUCACCCCACCCCUUCUGACCCCACCUCCCAUGGACACUUCUCUGGGGAUUGAGAGGCAGCAGGGACCCCAAGGUUUUGCUAGGCUCCAGGUUCCAGGUGAUUCCAGGUGCUUCCCAGCCUGGGCUGCAGCCUUGGGCCUCCCCAACCUGGCCCAUGUCACCCCACCAGCAAGCUGCCAGCAUGACCUGGUCACCAAGGACCCAUGAGAAGGCAGCCCCUUACCUCCCUGGAGUGGGUACCCCCCAAAUCCCUGCCCCUCCCUGGGACCAAGAGAGGGCUGGACUGCUGCAGCCCCCGUCCCUCCCCUCCUGACCGUGGGCCCGGGGACAUGGGGAAAUUCUCCAGCAUGCCUAACUCAGGCCCCCGGGAGGAUGCCAGAGCCAGAACCAGGCCACCCUGCUGGGGGCUUCCCUGGGCUCUGUUACAGGCAUUGUCUCUGGCCCCUGGGCUACACCUGGAGUCUUGGUCAGAGCAUGGUCCCUGUGCAGUUGCCUCAGGCUGAGGUGGCCAACUGCCCAGACACGCUCUCAGGUGUGACCUUGGCCAGCAGUGACGUGUGCAGAUAUACAGCCUCCCCACCCCUUGGCUCCCAAUAGCUUGGUGAGCAGCUUCCUGGGCAUUGGGUUGGGAAUCACCAAGGAGACAGAUAGAAGGUCCCAAAGGACCCCAUGCCCACCAACUCAGCCCCUCUACCCUCCUCCCCAUUCAGCCCCCCACAGCCCAAGGGCUGCCACCAGGAAGGCCCAAGGGCUGCCACCAGGAAGGGGCUGGUGCUCAUAAGCUGAGCAGGUAAGGGCCCAAGAAGUGCCUGGUAUCCUAGGGGGGGUUAGAUCACCUGCUCCCUGCACUCGUCAUUCCAUGGAUGAGGCCCAGAGCUGGGAGGGACCCUGCCCUAGGACCCCAGGAUCAGAACAGCUGUGACAACUCUUGUCAGGCUUCUUUCUCCCCCACCUUGGACUCUGGCUGCACAGACCCCCGUGCAGGGUAGCUGAGAGGGCAGGGGUUCUACCUGUGGUGGCAGUGCUGGGGGGGGUGUGGGGAGGGCUGGGAGCCAGGCAGGGCCAGAGUUAACCACAGCCAGGGUGGUGGACAGCUGGAGAGCAGGGAGCUGUGGGGAACACUGGAGACAGAGCCCGGGAGAGCGUUCUCCAGCCCCAGCAGGAGCCCCACUGUUCCCCUGCAGGCCUCCAUACAAAACUGGCUUCUGUGAUCCCCAGGGAGCACCCCGCCGAGGCUGGAGCUGGGGGAGUGACAGUCUGUGUGGGAGCUGAAGGAACAGUCCUCGUCAGCCUGGCAGGUCCCCAGUGGAUGGAGGGUGCUGAGGUGGUGAGAGAGCAGAGCUGUCCAGGCCCAGGAGGUGUCUCCCCUUCGUGGGAUGCUCGGUAUUGUCAGUAUUUUUUUUUUCCCAUAUGGAACCUUCUCGCUGUGUGUUCACAUGACCUCCUCUUUGUGGGUGAGGGGUGGUAGGGGAGGCAGAGGAAGACAGAGACAUAGAGCUUUCUGGUGUCUCUUCUUUGAAGAGCACUGAUCCCAUCAUGAGAGCCCCAUCCUCAUGAUGUCAUCUAGCCCCAAUUACCUCCCGAAAACCCCAUCUCCAAAUACCGUCACAUUUAGAGUUAAGUGUUCAACAUAGGAAUUUUGAAGGUAGGCACAAAAUUUCAGUCCAUUGCAUUCUGCCCCUGACCCCCCCAAAAUUCAUGUCUCUCUGCUAUCAAAAAUACAUUCAUUCCAUCCAAAUAGCCCCAAAGGCCUUAACUCAUUCCAGCAUCUCUAAGGUCUAAAGUCCAAAAUCUCAUCUAAGUAUCAUUUAAAUCAUGUAUGGAUGAGACUAGAGCUACGAUUCAUCCUGAGGCAAAAUUCCUCUCCAGCUGAGAACCUGUGAAACUAGACAAGUAUUGUGCUUCCAAGAUACAAUGAUGGGACAGGCAUAGAACAGACUUUCCCAUGCCAAUAGAGAAAGACCAAAAAUAAACAUCUGUGAUGCUCUAAAAGAUUGGAACGACAUUGAGAUUCAUGGAAGGCUACACCCAACAACUGAGGGUACACAUUCUUUUCAAGUUCACAUGGAACAUUCCCUAAGACAGACUACAGGCUCGACAAUAAAAUGCGCCUCAAAACUAUUAAAGAAGAGGACUCUGACUGUGUUAUUUUGACCAUAAGAGAAUUAAAUUAGAAAUUAAUAAUAGGUAUCUGAAAAAUUGCCAAAUAUUUUGAAGUCAAGCAACAUGCUUAUAAAAAACCUGUAGGUCAAAGAAGAAGUGACGUUGGAAAUGAGAAACUCUUUUGAACUGAGAGAUGAUUUUAAAGCCACAUAUCAAAACUGAUAGGAUGAGGCUGAGGAAGAUCUUAGAGGAACGUUUCUAUCUCUAAAUGCCUAUAUUAGAAAAGAAGAGAGGAAUUAGAUCAAUAUUUGGAGCUCCCACUUUGAGAAGAUGGGAAAGUAAAGUGACGUAUGCCAAAGUAGGCAGGAGGAAGUACACAGUAAAGCAAAACACUGGAACACAGAAAGUGGAAAACACAGAAUCAAUCAAGAGAAUCAACAGAAGCAGAAGGUAGUUCUGCAAAAAGAUUGAUAAACUUGACCUACCUCUAGCAACACUCAUUAAAGACAAGAAAGAGAGGGAGGGAAAGAGAGAGGAAUUAACAGUCUCAGGAAAUAAAGACAGGAUAUCACAGCCCUCAAACCAAGAGGAUUAUUCUGAGGCUUUGAAACCUAAGUGAGGAACUCCUGCAAGUGUUUGUCCACCUUGAUUUUCAAACUCUUUGGGGUCAAUGACUCAUUUUUACCUUCUUUUUUCUCCUUUUUUGAACUGGAAUGUCUCUAAUUUUUAUCCAAUGCCUGUCCCACCAAUUGUCUAUUGAGAACAGAUCUCAAGACGGAGAGGAAUUGUGCCCAGGAGCUGUACCUGAUAGAUUCUAUUCAGGAGCCUCAGCAGCACCUGAUGUGGACAUUGAACUGAUGCUGUCGUGGGAUGAGGCUUUAGGAACCUUAAGAAGGUGUGAAUGUAUUUUGUAUUUGGGAUCUCUGGGGGCCAAAGGGCACAUUGUGGUAGGCAGAAUUUCUAGACUGGCCUCCCAAAUAUGUCUCACCCUAAUCCCAGAACCUGUGAAGGAGAUGAGAUAUCAGUCCUGUGAUUAUGAUGUUAUAUGGCACAGUUCUCUUUGGGAUGGGGCGAUUAUCUGGGUGGGCCAGGCCUAAUCACAUGAGUUCUUAAAUGCAGAGAGUUUUCUCUGGGUGGUAGGAGAAAACAAAGCCAGAGACAUUCGCAGCAUGAGAAGGACUCGAUGCCACAUUACAGCAUAGAGGAUCUGAGGAAGGAGAAAGCCACCUGAGAAAGAAUGCAGACAGUCUGUAGAAGCAGAGAAUGGCUCCUGAAUGACAAUCAGCAAGGAAACAGGGACCUCAGUCCUUCAACUGCAAGGCACUGAAUUAUGCCAAUGCAGGAGUGACCCUGGAAAGGGACGCUGAGUCUGGGUGAGAAUGUAGGCAGCCAUAACCUUGAUUUCAGCCCUGAAACCCUCAGCAGAGAAGCCAGGCACACCAUCCCAGAUCCUGACCUACAGAGUCCACGAUAAUAAAUGGGCAUUGUUUUAAA